AUCGAACGCUCCGCCUACAAUCCUGUACUGCACGCGCUCCCCAUCCGCACAACUUCCCGCCUCCCAUGGCGGCGCCGGCGCCGGGGGCCACCCGCCUCCACCCCCCGUUCCUCCUGCUUCCUUCCCCGCCGCGACCCCAUCCUCCACUCCGGCUCCGCUUCCUCCUGCCGUCCCCGCCGCCUCUCCGCCUCCGCCGCCGCUUCCCGCUGCUCGCUGCCGCCGCCGUCUCCGCCGGCGGCGGCGGUGGAGGGGAGGAAGCCGCCGGCAGGAAGGCCGAUAAGGCCAGGCAGCUGCAGAAGCGGGUCCUCGUGGGCGUCGCCAUCGGGGUGGGCGCAGGCGGCAUCGUGGUCGCCGGCGGCUGGGUGUUCGCAGCCGCCGUCGCAGCUGCUGUCCUUGCCGGCUCCCGGGAGUACUUCGAGCUCGUCCGCAGCACUGCCAGCGGAGGCGGGACCCCGCCGCCGCGAUACGUGUCCCGCGCGUGCUCCGCCAUCUGCGCUCUCAUGCCCAUCCUUACGCUGUACUAUGGACGCAUGGAUGUUACUGUGGCAUUUUCUGCAUUCGUUAUUGCCAUAGCAUUGCUUUUACAAAGAGGAAAUCCUCGUUUUGCUCAGCUAACUAGUUCAGUUUUUGGGUUGUUUUACUGUGGCUAUCUACCUUCUUUCUGGGUUAAGCUCCGGUCAGGAUUAGCUGCCCCUGCCUUAAAUACAAGUAUAGCAUACCGUUGGCCAAUUCUUCUCGGUGGACAAGCUCACUGGACAGUUGGACUUGUAGCAACCUUGAUGGCUAUUAGUAGCAUCAUUGCUGCUGAUACAUCUGCUUUCCUUUGUGGAAGGGCAUUUGGUCGUACCCCUUUGACUAACAUAAGCCCUAAGAAAACCUUGGAGGGUGCUUUAGCUGGCCUAGCUGGCUGUGUGCUGACCACUGUGCUGCUGUCAACUGCCUUACGCUGGCCAAGAUCACUGUUGAGUGCCACAGCUUAUGGAAUCCUGAUCUUUCUGGGUUCAUUGUUUGGGGAUCUUGUCGAGUCUCUGAUCAAGCGUGACGCUGGUGUCAAGGACUCUGGAUCACUCAUUCCUGGUCACGGUGGGAUUCUCGACCGAGUUGACAGCUACGUGUUCACAGGGGCACUCUGUUACUCUUUUGUCAGAGUAGCUCUACCCUCGUAUGGGGUCUGAAUAAAGCACCUGGAUGUUUGCUGGUUUGUCUCUCCUGCCAUCAGCAAUGCGGUAACCGUAUUUUAACAUAAUGUUGAGUAUUGCUUAGAAUGCCCUAGACAGACAAUGUGAUCCUCCUAUCCAAGCAAAUUGGGCGUCCGAGUUUCUGACUGUUGAAGAUAGAACCGAAGAUCAACGUCGACAGUGUUACGGACUUGGGGCUUGAGAUGGCCUUUCCAGCUCAACCAGUCUGUUGCAGACUUGUAGCUUUGGGUGUACAUAGUUUAUCUUUUUUUUCAUAGGGUAGAAAGGAAAGCGUAAUUAUCCGUCGCAAAAGCUGUUAACUGUGUAUUGAGGCAGCUUAUGUCAAUAUGUACUAUACCUGUUGGUAUCGAUUGUUUUAAUGAUCCAAUGCAUUUGAUUGGUAACUAA